GAAGUGGCACCGGAAAAGGACAUCCUUGUUGUGAUCAUGGAUUUCAACUCUAAAGUCAGCCUAUAUAGAUGCAUAUUGGCAGUCGGCCGGCAUGGCUGGCCACUUGGCUUGACGAGACCGCUGCCAAACACUUCUUAGCCGGGGGAAAAUAAAUACAAUAAAUACAGCAAGACUAUAAAUUAAUAAUACUAUGACUACUAAUAAUAUGGAUUCAAAUAACACUUUUAUAAUACAAGAUCGUGUAACCAACACGUCAGUCCCUGAUGGCUACGUAGGGGUGGGCUAGUGGUACGUAAAGAACACAACAAAGAUGGAAUUGCCGCAUAACCGUAUACUUUAUUUAGUUUCUCUCGGCGGCUGACCUGCCGUCUCUCCACUCUACCUUCCAAAAUCAAAAAGCCCCCUUCAAGUUGUUUGUUUAGUAGGAAUUAAGUGCUUCCGCCUUGCGGAGAUUAUGUACUAUGCGGGGACAGGGAGGGGGAGGAAACCAGAGAACCCUGAGAAAACCCCGACGCCCAGCCCUGCAAACAGGUCACAUACAGAGAGUAUCCGAGACGAGAUCUGAACCCUUAGUCGCUCACUGCAGUGGUGACAAGCGAGUGUUUUAACCACUACACUACCGGGCGCCCCAGUAUGAAGCCCCCCACCUCCCGCCUUCAACCCUGAAGCUAUGCUACUUAUUCUAUCUCCGUUGAACGUUCCAGAGCCAUCCACCUCCUUUUCCCAUGGUCUCGUCACAACCAGAGUACACCGCCACCCCGGCCUGUCUGGUCAUUGCUCCCCAAGUGACUCAGGCAACUUUGUAACUUCUGGUGUAACAAUAGGUCCAGUAGCCACGGGUGGACAGUUCAAGGGACAGUCUAGGAGCUGUUCGACCCCUACCCUCUGCAAGGAAAGAUACAAUACACUACUAGCUGGGACGAAUUGACUUGAGCUGUGGGUCUCACCCUAACCCUGCUGACUACAAGGAGGUCAUUUGCAAGAAACAGAAAAGCAUGAAAGCAGCCAGGACAGCAUGGAUCAAGGAGAAAUACAGUGAGACCAAUGACAACGUGGCAUUAAGUGACAACCGAAAGGGCUUCUACCUAUACUUAAGACCCUCACCAAUGAGAGCCAGCAGAAAACGUCCGCGAUGGAAGGCAGCAAAGGCCUGCCCUUGGAUGGCAAAGCUAUCCUAGAUCAUUGAAAGAGUACUGCAGCAAGCUUUACCACUACCCUCUGACAACAGACCCAAACAUUCUCUAAGCCACUUGAAACAAUCUCAAGAAGUCACUCGAUCUACAUUUUCAGAGCCAAUCAUCUGACAGAUAGAAUUUCCUUGAGAUGUUGUCAACAUACAAAUAUUCUUGAACCAUGUUUUGCACAGACAUUUCAUUGUUUAGAACAAGGCAGCUUGAUGGUUUUCAAAAAUGGGUAUCAAUUAUGCUUCAACAUAUUUGUCUGCCUUCUAAAGUAAUAAGAAAAUAAUUUGCAUUUGUUGAUUCAAUGAUAUAUCUAUUAAAGAAGUGCUUUGAUGAAUUCUGUAAAGGCCAUUGCCAGCCUUUUAGUAAGUAAACUUUUAUAUCAAUAUUACAUUAGCCAUCACUUAUUGGUCUGAUGAGGCUAAUUUUUGACUUACUCUGACUAACCUAACAGUGUAAGUGAAAGCAGAUGAGCUUAUAGAAAUUUAAGUGUUACCAUAACAGUACUACUGCAGACUUAAACUCUCAAAAAGCAUGAGUAGAAUAUAACUUUUAUGGUGGAUAUGAAAUGUUUUCAUGUGAGUUUAUGUUAACCUUUAUGCUACUGAGCUUUUUAUUAUAGUUUACUAACUGGAUAAAAUUGUGAACUGAUCCUCCUAAUUUUAUAUGGUUUAAGAUUCUGCAGGCUUUAUGUUCAUAAACAGUUUUUAUCACUUUUUGCUGUGCGUUUUACGUACAAUAUAAUGAAGUCUCCAAAUUAUUGUGAUUGUGGUGUUUGAAGUUUCAGCCAGACAGGCAUAAAUUUAAGGUGACUAUAAAUAUUAUAGUAUAAAUUUCUAUAUGACCUUGUGGAAUAGUUACUGCUUAGUUGGCAAAUAAUUUAUUAGCAAAAGUAAUUAUACGUAUAUACACCCACGAACUGAUCGGAAACUAGUUUUCGCAUUUACUAAUGACCGUGAACUUUAGAUUUUUGAAUCUGUUCUUGCUCACAUUGGUGGAGGUGAUGCGGCAGGAGUUGGUGGUUGGGAGUCAUAGGUCACUUAAUUCAACCUAAAACCAUAUCGCCCCAGCUAUAGCUUUGACGAGUCGGAUCGUUUCCCGCAAGAUCAUAUAUAUCGUCCCACCACCGAAAGUAGAAUCGACCCAGGCCCAAAUGACAACUAGAUCCAUUACAGAUUACACAAGUUACAUAAUUAAUAUCAAAUAUCGACAGAGCAAUAUAUAUGCAUUUUCGAACAUUAAAUAUCUUACUAAACAAAACUGACCGUUUGAAGCCAUGAAGAGAACACAUCUCACAAUCGAGCAUAAACGUGACAUUUUAAUUACUUUUCCCCAUUAUUAUUAUUGCCGUAUUAAAUCUGUGCAAUUGUAGUCAUUUCGUCUUUUAGGCGAAGACCUAUUCCAUUUUUGGUGUUAAGACGACGUCCCGUACGUACGUACUCUUGCUUGGGACGAUUCUGUCAUGGCAGGGGUCAAUCUGCAUGACCAAAGGAGUCAGAUCGAUAUGACUGGGACAAUAUGAUCUUUGAAUUGAUAGGACCGAUCACCAUCCCCCGCCCCCCCCCCCCCCAAAAAAAAAAAACCAAAACAGAACAACUACAACAACAAAUAAACCAACAAAAACCUCCGCCAACCCCUUCACACUCUCUCGAUCUCGCUAUUCUUUCUUUAAAAAAAAGGUUGCUCUUGGUUCAACUACAGUUCCUUUUUUUAAGUAGUGAAAGAAUUAAUGCACGUUAUGGUUAGGUUUCUUGAGUUUAUCAGAGAAAUGACAAAUGUUGGAAAAGGAAUAAUAUACGGGAAAAAGUGAGAAGCGGUUGACAGCGUAACGCUGAGGGAAUGAUGUUGCCUUGUUCUCUCUACCCGAGUAGCGUCCCUUUGGUGUUUAUCUCCCGUUGUUGACAAGACGCGGAGAUGAGAAUUUCACAUUUUACACAGGUUAUCAAAUAAUUUGUAAUGGAAAGAAGUAACGCUGUCAACAGACAAUUCGUAAAAUGUGGCAGUCCAUUAAAUUAUUUCUGGAAAAUACUCACACCUUUGUGGAAUAUAAAGCGCGCGAGUCUCAAAAUUAAAAUGUUAAAUUAUGCAGUGAUGUGUGUGUACGUGCGCGUGUUGACGUGAGACGCGCGAGAGUUAAAAGACCAGUUAGACUGAGAAGAGAUCGCUGCCUUUGCGAGAGAAAGUAUCCGUGCAGUUAGUGAUUACAAUAGUAUAUUUUGUGUGUGUGAGAGAGAGACUGUGUAUAAUCUUGGCAUGAUAUAUGUUUAUGUGGUGGAAUACAAAUCUUUUCAUACAUGUGUUUGUAUAGGUGAGGGAGAAAGACGCACACGCACUUCAUACAAACACAUGCUUUGAGCAAGCAGUUCAGUAUCGCAGCCUGCAACCUUAUUUUUUCCCACGCAAUGAAUAAUCAUAUGAUCCUUUUAACAUAUACCGGCCCAUCCUAGUUUACACUAUACACUUUUUUUCCCGCAAGGAUGUACUUGUCAUAACAAUCAUAAACAGUAGUGUUAAAUGCCUGAGACUCGUCUCACUGCUUUUUUUUUAAAAUUAUUUAAUUCGUUAGGAUAUGACAAGAGAGAGAGAGAACAUUAAAUGUUUCUUCCGAUCAGUUUAGUGCUGAUUAAUAUUUUUUUGUUGCCAUAAAUGCUAAUUAACAGUCUAAUGAGAGGAAAACUGUGUUUGUUUAUUGUUAAUAUAUUUGUAUAUUAUUAAUAUAUGUUAACUCGGUAUGUGGCUAUGUGUGCAAUAUGAUUCAAAAACAGAUUAACAUAUUAUUGUGGUGAUCUCAGAGACUGAUGAUCAAAUCUCUAAACUUUUAUCACUAGAGAAAAGCUCUAAGGUUGUUACAGCAUAAUUCUAGUUGCAGUCAUGGAGAAAUGAGGAAAUAUGCAAAAUGUAAAGGUUUGCCGAUCCCAGGCCAUAUGAUUGGCUGGAUAAUGAAAAAAAGUCAUUGUUAAAUGAGGCAAGCAUUAUGUCAAGAAUGCUUUCCAUAUGGUCCUCUCUUCAGAUAGCUCUCAUUUUCUCCUCUGUUUCAUCCCGUCUAACAGAACUAAAUGGAAUGAUUGAAAUCAAAGCAGACAAUAACUUCUAUUACAUUGGAGAAAACAUCACCCUCCAUUGCUACUCACAGCAGCCAGUUUCUGAUAUCACAUUUGUUUACAAUAAAGACAUUCCAGUUCCCCAGGAAUAUAUCACAGUCGUCAAUGAAACAUACGCCUUUAUGCAAAUAGUUUUGAAUGAGUCCUACCAUUGUUUCAAUAUGUUCUACUGCAAAAAUGGGAACACAUUCCUUGGAUAUAAGGAAAUUUACCUUGAAUAUCCUCCACAAAAUGUAACUGAUCUGAAAUAUGAAUAUUAUGAUCAAGAAGAUUUUAAGGCUUCUUGGAACCUUCGCAUAGAUUCCUAUAGAUGUGGAAUGGCUACAGAGGCUUUCCCGAACUCUACCACUGUUAUAUCAGCUGAGUAUGCUGGGUCUGAAGAAGAAGACAUAUUCUGGAAAAACUGCAAUAAAUCUACAACGACAAGUUGCAUAGUCUAUGACGUGCAUGAUUUGACAGAAAUAUCAUUACGUGUAAAUAUUACCAAUUUGAGACGAAACGACACAGUCACAACAUUAUUCAGUAACCUCUACUUGGACAAUAGAGUAAGACCAGCUCCAGUGACAAUGAAAAAGCCUGUGAUACUGAACAGCACCUGUGGAAAUGUGUCUUGGACUUCUAAAAAACAUUAUUCAAAAUUUAAGGUUUCUGGAAAUGCAACAAAUACGACAACUUCAAAAAACAAGGUCACCAUAUGUGAGUUGCAUCCAUUCUACAACUACACUGUGAUUGUUCAAGCCUUACCACUUGAGGGGUAUCCUAGUAAAAAGAGAAGUGCUAUCCUUCACAUGCCACAGGAUGCUCCUGCCUCAGGUCCAGGAUUGAUAGAUGGAGGUUUUUACAGAGAUUCAUGUGUGGCAAGAGGAGGAUACCAGAAUCAAACAGUCUACAUUUACUUUAAGCCGGUAAAGUUGGAACAUAGAAAUGGUUUGAUCAUAAACUACACUGCCAAUUUGACUACUGAAUCCCAGACAACAGCUUCCAUGUAUUCUCUCAGUAAUCCUGAGAACAAUUCCUUGUCGGUAUCUGUACCAUGUGGAAAAGGCUUUGUUCUUAAUAUGUAUGCAGCUACACAUGUAGGUUACUCACCUGCAACAAAUUUUCAGAUACCUGCUGCUGAUAAAGUUGCAGAACUGCGAGCAGCUUUGCAUAAAAUGGACCUACACAUUAAAGAAUCUGGUGAUGAUGGAUCUGUCAAAACUGCUUACUGGUUGUGGAAGCCAGAAUUUGUUAUAGACCACCUCGUAUUGUAUUACUGUGAAAGAAAGACGUCAUUUACUAGGGCUUGUAAUGAAAAGAUGCCAAUGGAGAAGAUUGAUGUUAAUCCUGCUGAUCAAAAUAAGACAUUUAUAGCAAAGAAAGCUGAUUUGUUUGGACUGGCUUCAUCUGCACCAAAUGGGAUUUGGACUGGCAUCAUUUUCACAGACUGCAUCUACACAGACUUCACUUAUUCACAUAACCUUGAGGUGCCAGCACCCCCAGCAAUAGUACAAGAUGUUGAGCAUAUUAAGCUCAGCUGGAAACAAGAAAAAUGUGACAUGGGGAAACGACUUCUGACAUACUACAGUAUAGUAAAGUGGUGCUCCUCAUCGACUUGUAGAUAUGACAAUGUCACCAUUAUGGAUGCAUCAGUGUACACAAUAAGUGACGUCACAAUUGGCACAGAGUAUUUAAUCAGUGUUGCUGCCAUCACAUCCCGUGGAGAGACAGGCUACAGCAAACCAGUAAAAGUCACUGUCAGACCUCCAAAAGGAUUGCAAUUCGUCACCAAAAUCAUUACAGGGGUGUCAAGUACAGUGCUAUUGCUUGUGCUAUUGAUGGUACCAGUGUUAUUGUAUCUGUGCAGACACAAGUGGAAAAAAGCAAGGCAAAAAUUUACAGCCAGUCUGCUGUUGCCAGUUCCAAGUGCAAGUCCUUAUGGGGGAGAUGGAUCUUUAUAUAGUAAACCUCAUGACAGUGAGUGUAGAUACUGUGAAACACGUGCUGACUCCAAAACAUCCUACACUGAUGCUAAGAGGAAUAUGCAAAGGCCAGCUAGUUUCACCAUAAUGUCACCCUACACUGACAUGUCUGAUACUAAAAAUAUGGAAAGGCCAGCUAGUUACACCAUAAUGUCCCUUGGCUUUUUUAAACCUUCAUGCGACCAAGUAUGGGCUAGUACCUGCAAGGGAUCCAGUCCGCUGUGCUUUAGUACAGGAUUGCUUUCAGCUUCCAUAGCCACUGCAGCGCCAUGUCAAGAACACUCAGAACUGACUAGUUUUUGCUCAGAUGGAAAGCUUUUGGAUUAUCCUCAUGUAAAGGAAGAUUUUGUGGGUUCCACAAUGAGGAAUACUUCUGGAAAGAUGCAGUCAAAACUUCAAAACAAUUUUGCAAAUGAGGAUCUCACACAGCCACCAAAUGAAGCCACAAAAGGAGAUGAUACACAUCCCAGUAUCUGUGUCACUGCUGGCUAUGUUUGGCCAGAUUUAUUAUUUGAGUCAAGAAGACCAAGCAUUGCAUCUGCCAUAGAGUAUGAUGACAAAGAAAAUGUGAAUAGUGCUCAGGAAAAGAGAGAUAAAGGUAUGAGGACAGAAGCUGAUGUCAGCAACAGUCCCUGUAAAAGUGCAGAUCUAAGCAUCUAUGUGAAUGUCAAGGAGCUUGCCUUGGACAGGUAUGUUCAGGCUUUCAGUGCAGUUGAGGAAAAUCGACAUGAGGUCUGUUCUGAAGAGCCAUUCAAAAACACAACUCAGGCUUUGGACCACACAUCUGACUUUCAGGGUCUAACCAUGCAAGACUGUUUACAGAGAGAGGCAAAGACUGCUGAAACAGGAAUGAAAGCAACAGGUUAGGAAAUGUUAGCAGAAGUGUUUGAGUCUGAAUUAGAAAUGAAUCAGCCAGAAGAAUCCUCCCUAAAAAUAUGGAAAACUCAUGCAGGUGAUGUCAAAAUGGAAUACGACAGAGAAGAGAUGUAGGUUGGAGAAGCUGAGGUGGAGCUAGUGUGAAACAGGACAAAGUAAACAAAUGAGUCUAAUCACAAGCAGGAGUAACAUUACACAGCUUUAUCUAAAGCAAAUGGAUCUCGUCACAAGCAGGGGUAACAUUAAAGAGAUGUGAAAUUUGUGUAAGAAAAAUGAGACUAACAUAGAGGUAGCCAAGAACUGUAGGAAAGCCAUAUAUAUUUAUGAUGUGACAUGCUGAGGAGAAACCAGUUUGUGGAGGAAGAGAAAAUAUAAAUGGAGGUGGAAAGUAGAAUGAUGGGAGCAUGUCUCUUUCAGUGAAAGUGAGAGGUGAAGGAAGAACUUGCAUAUUUAACAUGUUUGCAACACUGCUAUGCCUAUAUACAUACAGCACAGUUAUUCUUCCUUAAAAAUAUUCUACAGGCAGGUGCAAAAUGGUCAGAAUGUUAGAAUGCAGAAAAUGCAAGAAAGCAGUAACUAAAUAAGGGUAUCAAACAUUGAUUAUUUUACUGAUGGAAUUUUGUGUAUCUUGAGUUCUCUCUCUUUAACCACUGUAUUCAGUAUGUUUCAUACCUUUGCUUUCCUAGGUAGUAGAAAGUAAGGCAAUAGUAUGACAUUGGAGACAGCUUGUGCUCAUUUUGACAUGCAUGGAUACAUGACAGAAAGCAAAAUUAACAACACUUAAGUCAGUAAUACUUUAAUUUGUGCCUCAUUCAUAUACAGUAUUGUGUAAAAAUAAUUUUUGUUGUAAUUCUUGCUGUGCCACUUUUUGACAAAAGUAAUCUCAGAUCUUAGAUCUCUGAACUUAACCUACUUUUGCUGAACUUUACUGCAAGAAAAAGCCAUAUGCUGAACAAAAAACUGCAUAAUUCUUAAAAUUUUUUGUUAAAUCUUUUCUCUGUUAAAUCUUUUCGCUGCAUAAUUUUAUUAAUAGAUAUAUAUUAAAAGAUGCUUACUUUUGCAACAACUGAGCACUGAAUGAGCAUCAUGUGAUUUAAUUUUAGGGUAACUCCCUAGGCCUUUAGAAGGUGUGAAGAGAUACAGUUCAAAGUACCUGAACAUUCCACACAUAUAUAUAUAUAAAUCUCUAAAUGGGCUUGUUAUUCAGCAUUCCAUUUGCAAAAGCAUUUUAUGACAAUUUCCAGAUAAUUUUUUAACCCAAUGCACCAUUUUUUCUUAAUGUUUGUUUUAAAAAGCAGUAUUUUUUUCAAACUGUCUGAAGAUUUUAAGUCCAUUUGUUUUGCUGAUGUUUAAUUCAGAUGGAGCAAAAAUGAAGAUGUAUGGAGAGUGGUGUUAAAUAUAUUUUUCAAUUGAAUCUCUGUUGUCAUCAGAGACAGAAAAUCACCAGUAUGUACAUAGAAUAAGCUGUAUGGGUCAUCUUUACUGCUUUGCUGUCUAGAAAAGCAUGGUUAGUAGUCUUUUAAUUUUGAAGUAUGAUUAUGAAUUCAAACAAACGCCACAGACGAACUUCUUUUGACUACUAUAUGUCAGUUUCUUUUCAUUGCCCACAAAUAGUAUGGUUUGUACCAGCUUAGGUGUUUGUAACUUCAAGUGAUUUCCAAUGAUACAUCAACUUUGAGUUCAAGGUGACAGAAAUAUAUUAUCUAGAAAGAAGUGGGAAUCUAUGUUACAUUGUUUGUUUGCAUAAAUCAUGGAUUAGCCAGCAGUUUUUAUUUGCCAGACUGAAAAAUCAGCUAUUUUUUCCUCUUUCUGCAUUUUUUUUGCAGUUUUUCUAUCUAAACAACACUGUUAUUUUUUCGUGUACUUUUAAAUUAUAAAGAUCAUAUCUGGGACAUUUUAUUUUCUCUAUUGCAUGCCUUACAACUGGUUAUAAGCUUAUACACCACAAAAUUCCAUAACUGGCUUCUCAGCUCAUUUUAUAAAUAUUUAUCACAAAGUUUGAAAUGUAAAAAUUGUGUGUUCUGAAAUAUUGUUUGAGAGAUAUCAAAAAGUCUUGUUUGAAGAUGUUUACAUCCGCUGCCUAAAAUACUAAGAUUUUAAUCACACUCGCUUCCAGAUUUGUCAGUCAUUGCAUGAGUAAUGUCUCUUUGAAUUCUUUUGAUCGCACUUUUUUAAAUGAAUGCAGAUCAAAAUGUACAGUCAUUUUCAAAUUGAGCUUCCAUUGUAAAAGAAAAAAAAAAUGCAUAAAACUUCUACAAAAGUCUCUACAGGGUACUUUCUGCCAAGUGAUUUUUAUGUCAUAGUUUUGCAUUUGCAAAUACCAGUCAAAGAAAUAUAUUCAGAGCAAACAUGCUAAAACUGCUUAGUAGAUUUGUAUUUAUUGAAUUUUUAUAUAUUGAAUCUUUUCAUACGCUAUAUUAUCAGUAUUACAUUAAUUACAUAACUGACGUGAAAGUAGAACUUCACCAGGAAAGAUGCAGAAAAAUCGUUUAGCUACCAUAUUGAGAAACUGUCAUUGGUGGGAACCCUCAGUUUGAUGAUGCAGUUCUUUGGCUUGAUAGUUUUGUGUGUGUGUGUUUCAGGAAUGCCAAAACUUUCUUGAGGAAGUCACAUUUUCUAUGUUACUGGGAAUAAAUCAGGAAACCGGUUUUAUAUUUUAAUUCAUUUUUUCUGUACACAAAUUAUUUUUAAAAUAUGUAUUGUAAAAUAUGUUGUUCUCACUGUUCAGUUUGUUUUGUUUUAUUUUAAGACAAUGAGAAAAUGAAGAACUGAAUUACGUGUUCUAAGUUAUAAGCUUAGGUGAAUUAGCAAAAUUAAAUUUGUGGUCAUUGAUGGUCUAACAAA